AUGGGUUGCUGUCCAUCCAACCUUGUAGAUCAAGGCUCGCUGUCAAGAUCAGCAUCAUCUACCAAUCAAAAUACAAAUCAAUCAGAUGGCAGUAAUCGAGAUCAUCCUACAUUUCCUAGAGCAUACUACAAUAAAAGCAAGCCAUUCAAACGGACGGGUUUACUGUGGACAGCGGGCAUGCCUAUCACCAGAGUAGAACUAGACCGCAAGCGAACGGCAUUUUGGGAAACAGCGCCUAGCUAUGGGAGAAGAGAUAUGGCAGGCAUUGCGAGUAGCAUUCUCAGAAACAGACAUCAUUAUGGCAAGAUCCAUACUAGAGGCAGCAAGUAUAACUCUUCCUACUGGGAAUCCGUGUGA